AUGAUCGGCUGUUGCUACAACCUGCUGACCGAACGUCUCGGCCCAGCCACAUGUGAUCUUCCCAUUCUUCCAUCUCUUCAUCCUCGACUUGAAGAGACUGGGACAUCAUACGACCCGCAUGGGUUUCCCAUGUCCAAGUACUACGAGGAUUACCGAAGCCCCGGAGCAACAACCGGCAUGAAGCUUAACAUCACGGCCCGUGCAUUGGCCAUGCAAGCCCCAUACAAUUGGGGCCAUGACGACAGCGAAGUUUCCUUCACCCGUCACUUCUUCCGUGCUCUUCUUCAGCGUAUUCUCGUCGAUCGCAACAUUCUCCCUAAACCGGAAGACACAACUGAAGAUAGAACCGACUCUAUCAUCAUCGGAAAACUGCCUAAGGCUGCCUUUAAGUCCUUUACUGCAUAUAUACGCGCGGCAACGGCCAAGAUGAGUCGAGACCCAGUAUAUGGUACUCAGGUGCAGGAGCGUAUUGCAACUCUGACAGACGAAGAGAUUCACUGCUAUGAGGCCCAGUACUUCCCCGCGAGAAAGAAUAUGAGUGUUGUAUGGAGCUUGAUGGCGUUCAGCUCUCAGCUUGUUGAGUCUAUCAUUGUUGUGGAUCGAUGGCAAUUCCUUCGUGAACAAGACUUUGUUAAAGAUUGCUGGGUUCAGCCAGUAUUUGACUAUGGUCUAAGUCCGCGAAAUUUGGCCGUCAUCGGACUGAAGAAAUGA